CUCUGCUCGAUCUUGCAACUCUGUCUCUGAUCAUGACUGAUCUCACCGUUCCACGUGCCGCAAGUAUCGUGAACAUCGUGAAGACAGUUGUUCAACGUUGAAACCUAUUUUUUAUAAAAAAAAAAAAAAAAAUAUUUAUAUUGUAAGAUAAAAUUUGAAGUUAUGCGGUGUAUUGAAAUAAUUUUACGAUUGCACAAGUGAUAGUCAAUCAAAUUCAAAACAUACGAACGUGAGAUUAUGCCUAACAGAUACUUGGUUAGAGUAUGGCGAGUUCGCCGAUCAUCGAUCAUUCAUUCGUUCAGCUAAUUAUCAUAUACAGUUAACAACAACAUUCCUCGAAUGUCGGAAGAGUGUUUUCUAUCGAUGCCGCCUGACUCCGUGUGUUCAUUGUCGUUUUAAAAAGUAUAUUAACUCCCGAGAUGCAAUGGGGUUUGAUCAGAACUCGGUGUCUGAUUAUGCGCUCGCAUUUGUACCGGCUCUUUUAUUUCUCGCUACGUGUUCAACAGUCUUCCACAGAUUAAAAGUGAGAUGGCCCGUAAAAGUGAAUUGCUGGUUCUGCAAUGAGAACACAAAGAUACCCAGACAAAAUCGGAAUUGGUGGUUGUGCCCUUGGUGCGAACAAUACAACGGUUUCUCUAAGAAUGGCGAUUAUGCACGCAAUAUUCCAGAGCAAUAUACUUCAUCCGGCGCAAACCCUGUGUACUGCAGAUUGCUUAAACAAAAAAAUAACAUGUACAAGAUUCCAAAAAGUGAUCUUUGUGAACAUUGUAACAAGCAAGAAAGUUUAAAAUUGAUUGAAUUAUCUAACUUUGAACCUAGAAACAGAAAGCUGCAUAAUGACGAGCUGAAAGCAUUUAAAGAGUAUUUAGAAGAAAGAUAUCCGUUAUGUAAAAAUUGCAAAUUGACAGUAUAUGAUGUGCUGCAUAAACAGGCAUUAUGGCUUGCUGCCUAUAAAAUGUCGUUUUUUAGAAAAAAGCCAGUUCAAAUGCUCAUUAAAAAUGCAAGAAAAAUUGAAAUAACGUUUCGAGUUACUUCGAUAAUCUUGGAUUUAAUUAUAAUUUAUAAUCUUGAUUUUCCAUGGUUAGCAAUCAGUGGAUUAUUGUCUCAUCUAUGUGCUUGUUGGACAAGCUCGUUGAGGAAAAAAAAUUUUGAUAUAUUGUUGAUAGUUUUAUGGAUCUGUAUCAGUAUUCUUCUAUCUGUUAAAAAUUUAACAACGUUUGAAAAUGUAUGGUUUCCAUCAAAGUAUAUUAAUGAGUAUCACAUGAUACUAGUAUGUGCAUUUAUAGGCAUCCUGAGUAUAAAACCUAGUCAGUAUAAAAAUAGAUUUGUUUCAGUCAAAUUUAAGAAGCUCACUCACAAGUUGCACUCACAGAGCAUUGCUCUAUCUCAGUCUAAAUUUAAGAAUCAAAAUACAAACGAUAGCAUUUGGAAUGAGACAAACAACAGUGUUGAGUUGACAAAUAAGUUAUCUUUCUCCAAAAUUCAGUCAUAUUCAAUAAUCAGGAACAAUCCACAGAAUGAUUACUGUCUGAACGAAAGUAUGAGCACACUUUUUCUGAGCGAAGACUUCUCAACGACAAGAUGUAACAAAGAAAACGCGAAAACGGCACCGACGAUAUUCGAAAAAAGAACGUACAGCGCAACGAGUUCCGAAAGUCUCUUCAAAAAGUCCAGCGUGUCCAAUAAUCGGAAGUAUAUUCUGUCGCCACCGAAACUGAAGUCAGUCACGCAGACUUCGUGGGUGGCCGGCGGUUACUGGCAGGAGGGAAUGCCAACUACGCCGACGACUCUCUCGCGGUCGUCCAGUCAAAGCUCCGGUUUCGGCUCGGCCGGUUCGUCUAAUCUUGCGUCAUCACGUGAACCGUCGUCGGUACACGAGCUCGAUCGCUGUUCUGUUGUGUCGAAUGCAACGAGAUUAUCUUGCCACGUCGUGUCACGAUCAACUGUGCCUUUCCACGUGCAGUCGCAGCGUGAAGGUGCGUGUGAUUAUUCGCGUCGCGCGAUAUGCAAGACAGACAUCCAAGAAAGUGAGUCGAGUGCGGAGAAUCGGGGAGAUUCGACGCUAGUGGUUCCUGGUCACACGACGACUAUCAUUACGAGCCCUGGUUGGUUGUCCGUGCUUCUCUGCGGCUCCCUGAUAGUAAAUAUAAUAGUGCUGUGCGCUAUGUUAUUACGUUAGUGUUGUGUUCAUGAUACUGUCUAAUUAACUAUCCUUAUCUUUACUAUCUAUUAAUUCUGUAAUUAUAUAUCUAUUAUCUGGAAAAUCUAGUUUUAAUUCUCCGAUUAUAACAUCGGAGUUGUUAAAGGUUCGACUUAGACCGUAGCGCCAUUGAACGAAUGGAUAAACUUGUGCAAACAAUGUGAGUAAUUGCUAGCGUUCUAAAUAAUUUUUAAGUGUUUACCAGUCCGAGUCAAUUAGAGUCAAGUAAUUUUUUCUUUUUUCUGGUCUCUUCUUUUUUUUCACAUUACCUCUUUUCUCUUAUAAUUUUCGACAGAGAUUUCUUUUGAAUUGUAUAAAACUUUUAUUUAUGUAUAAAAGCUUCUGUGUUUUUAAGAAAUCUAUGUUUUCUCUCGCUUUUGAUAUUACGGUUCAAUGUGAAAUGGCUGCGGUGAGUAAAACGAGUCGCAAAUUCAGUAAUUAACGCGGUGUAAAACGAUUACCACUGCCACAAUUCGUGGAAAAAGACAUCAAAAAAAAAAAAAAA